AUGGAGUUUUGCGCGACGACACUUUGCGGCAGCAGGGAAAUCGAGGAGAAAGCAGCGACGAACGGCGGAAACGCUAACGGCUGAAAAAGCGCUGGAUUUAUGCGAUAUUCGGUCGAAUAAGUUGUAUAUUGAUUGUAUAUCAUUUAGCCUCGUGGAUGAAAUUGUGUUCAACGUUCUCCCAGCGCGAAUCUCCUCCUUAAUGCAGUGGGAUGGCCACAGUGCCGCCUGGGCCUAGUAGCGCACUGCCCGCAUCCCCGGCUGAGAUUCCUCCUUUCCCCGGGGCUGGGAGCGCGGAGCCGGCGGUGGAAGACGGAGAGCCGGCCUGCCACGGGGAGGACUGUGUAUCCGCCGGCACGGGGGCGAAGCCGCAGCCGGUAAGCGACGUGAAAAGGUCGGUGAAGAAGAAGCAGAAGAACAUGCUAGCGAGGGCUAGCCCGGCGGCGCUUCACCUCAAAAUGCAAGCCCGAGAGCAGCAGCAGCUGAACGGCUUGGCCAGCCCCUCGGAGGACCCCGACGACCACCAACACGCAAGAAACCGGCCUGACAAUCCCAGAGCGUCCGUGGACAACUGUGACAGCAGCAGCAGCGGCAGCAACGAGGGGGCUCCGGCCGCUAGAAACAAUAGUGAGCACUGCCAACACGAAGGCCACAGCCCCUUCUCCAAAAACGGCAGCCACUCUCCGCUGGUUAACAGUAGCAUGAACGGGAUGCCGGGCUUCUCACGAACUGAGGCGGCCCACGAAGGGAAGGGGGACUUCGACCACACGCUGCCCCCGAGACCGCCCAGCGACGAGCCGCCGGACGCUGUCGGGCCCGGCGAGGAGGGCAGCCGCGCCGACCCGCAGCAGCAGCAGCAGCAGCCGCCGGCCGCUGAGCUGGCCCGGCUCGACCUGAGUAGCUCCCCCGGCCGAGCGGAGGGAGACAGUCACGGCAUCCGAUACGUCCGCUACGAGUCCGAGCUGCAGAUGCCGUGGAUCAUGAGACUGAUCACCAAGGACUUGUCUGAGCCUUAUUCAAUUUACACGUACAGGUACUUCAUCCACAACUGGCCGCAGCUCUGCUUUCUGGCCAUGGUGGAGCAGGAGUGUGUCGGAGCAAUCGUAUGUAAGCUUGACAUGCAUAAGAAGAUGUUUCGGCGUGGCUACAUUGCCAUGCUGGCUGUGGACUCGAAACACAGAAGGAAAAGCAUCGGUACUAAUCUGGUGAAAAAGGCCAUCUACGCCAUGGUGGAAGGCGACUGUGACGAGGUUGUAUUGGAGACUGAGAUCACCAACAAAUCAGCCCUGAAGCUGUAUGAGAACUUGGGUUUUGUCAGAGACAAGCGGCUGUUCAGAUACUACCUGAACGGAGUGGACGCGCUGCGGCUCAAACUGUGGCUCCGCUAGAGGAAAUCAGAGGGGACGGAGGACGACGGGACAGCGGGUGCUGUUCACCUCGAACACUAUCAGCUUGACAGCCUCAGCUCUGCCCUGGUCAUUUCGCUCUUAUCUCCACAAAUACACACACACAUACACACACACCUGUGUACAAACAUAAGGAGUAUGCACAUAGGUAUGCAUAGACACACAGACACACCCUCCUUUUAUCCUUUGACCUCUGAACAACUGUUGUUUAGGCAGAAAAUGGACUGCAAAUCCCACCAGAUGUUUUCAUGAAGGGGCCCCUGAUACUUUCUGUGACGAGAACGGGGCAGGCGAGCAAGCGAGGGCGGUCUCUGGGACGACCUUGACCGGGGGGACUAGAUGACGUUUUGACCUUGAAGCUUGGACGCCUUGGCGACCGGUGAUGCGAGGCAGCUCAGGCGAGGAUCCACACCAAAUCAUCCUGCAGGACAAAACAGACUCAAAGCCGACAACAACACCUGAAAACAAGGAAGUCGAGUGGUAAAACGCAGACUGGGAAGAAAAUAUUUGUGGAGUUUAUUUUUGUGUUUCUUUUUUAACCUUGUAAGUUUUGGGCAGGGGAUGGAAAAACAAAAAAAGCUAUGGUAUGACUGCGUGUUUGUACCGCCUGGUGUGUUUUUUGGACAGCAAGUGGCUAUUUUUCGAGUGAAUGCGGUUGCGAUUGGUUUGUGCGACUGUGCGAGCGCAUGCUGCUGUGUGUGUUUUUGUUUCCCAUCGUGUCCAGUGGGCGCAGCGCCUCCUUGCUGCCGCUGCUGCUGCUGCUGCUUCCUCCUCUAUCACCUGCCUCAGCCUCCAGGACUGAAGCCUGUAAGGAUACGCAUGCUUUUAUUUUAACGUGAGCGCAGGAGUGUGUCCAUUUACCCGGUCUGAAGCUCCUUCCUCUGUUUAGUGUCAGCAUGUUGUUGGUGCAGAGCAGAAACAAAUCACUCCAUUAGCACCUCAAACUUUGCCCAACUUGUAGAUCUGCCACCUUUUUUUCACUUCAGUGUCCUUUUACUAAAUCAAACCCUGAUGUGGGUGCGGUUGAGGAAUUUAAUUUAAUUUUUUAUUUAUUUUUUGCAGAUCAGAACUCGUUUUUUCCCUAAAUGCACUGCCAGCCACUGCAAAAUUUCCAAAAAGGAGAAAACAGUGUCGUUCAAAGAGAGAGACUCCUUGCCAAUGACGGUGUGGUCAAAUAUCUCUGUUUACCAAUUAAUAUUAUCCAGAGUUAACUCUUUGCAAGUGCCACUCGGUCCGUCAGCACUAACAGCUGCGACUGCAGCAAUCUGCCUGCUGACAGGUGACUCGUCUGGUCGGCCUCAGCACAAGAUUGAGGCGAAGCGUUGCGAAUGCUGGAUUCCUGUUUGCUGUGUGUGUGUGUGUUUAUCUCUUGAUAAAAAAAGGAAAAUAGACAAGUAUUCUUAGCAGAUUGUAUUGUAUUCUUUUGUUUGCUUUCAGUUUAUUUGGAUUUGUCUCCUAUACACCUGUAUAACCUCAUGCUGCUGGUGAGCGGCUGAGUCCAUAAUGCACUUCCCAGGUGCCCUAACUUGAUGCACAGCCAACCUCGCUAACAUGUUUAACAUCCUGGACCUCGUCAUAGAUGCACCCGGAGGUUCCAGCACACACUAAUUGGCAAACAAAGUUUGCUUUGACUGCUUUUGUGUUUUUUUUUCUUAACGGUGAAAAUGAACAAAGGUCAGACGCACUUCUUUGGAAAUUGCUGCAGUGUGUAUGUGUCCGUACGAAUGUGUCUGUGUGCCGUUUUGACAGUGGUGUGGAUCCGUUCUGUUAGACUUUGUCUCUCUGCUUUCAGAUUCCUCGCACGGGAAAAUCAGAGCCUUUGUGGUGCUGCGUUUUGGAUUUGUUACAGGAGCAGACCCUUAUUUUCUUAAGUUAGUGCUCAGUGUUGUAGCGAUGGAAUGAAAACGAUUCGAACAGUAGUUAAAGGUAGAAUAAACCCUGAAAAACAACCUUCAUCACAGGCUGUAAAUGCAAUUUCUGUUGUACUUGUAGUCGGGGUGGACGAUGUGGAUCACAUGAAGAUCACCAUGUGACGAUCGCAAUCUGAAUCACAGGUUCAGUUGAAGUCAUGUGAUCAUGGUUGCCGUGAUACAUAAUCAGUAAAAUGAGGCUUUAAGGCCAAGUCACCAAUCUCUGCAUCCUGAUUUUACACUUGUUUUAGUCUCCAGAUCGGGAGUUGUAAUUUGGAUCUCUGCUGCUAUUGAAACUUGCUAACAAGCUAGCUGUAUCAUCUUAUGGUUGGUGGUGUUGUUAUUUAGCUGCCUCUAUAGUGCGUCUCUUGACCUGCAGACUGACUCCAUUCAUGUUGGAUUGCUUUUGGUAAAGGUAGUCGACUAUCUCAUCACUGACGGACUUCAACGUCUCCUUAUUCUCCUCUGUAGCCUCCAGAAACUUAAACCAGUUCUCAACCUGCUGCAGAUUCUGGCAGGAAUAGUCUGACUCACCGAAUGUAGACUUUGGGUAUAAGCCUCUCCUUCCCUUUGACUGUCUGGGUAUAAUCCUCUUCACCACGGGAAGCAACAACCUCCGAGCAGCAGAUUUGGAUAAGGCAGUAUUCACCUCUCUAUGUGCAAAUGUUCCACCAGAACGAUCACUGCUUUGCAGGGGCACCAUCAGCAUCCUGAGCUUAACACCGCCCAAGACCGCUUUAAUUAGUUUACAGAAUUAAAUCCAAGCCAGUGUGGUUUUUGUCUCUCUACACAGUGCUGUGGACAUUUGGUCUGGCUAUGUGAGACUAUGGUAGAAGUGGUCAUUUAGCCCACAAUGAGCCUCCUGUAGAGCAGAGGGAGGGCUGUAGUUCAGUUGGAGUCUGUUGUGGGAUUGGAAAGGCAACUAAAUGACUUUAAGGACCACAGCAUGAAGGGAAACUACAGUCUCUGGCAGCUUAAGGCUAGCAGCAACUGAACUUUGAGAAUGCACGCUUAAAAUUAGCACCUUUUAUGAUGCAAACUGUGUGAAAAUGUGUCCACCAUGAAAGACCAUCACAUCGCCCACCUCUAGCUUGUAGCGCCCCAAAUAAUGCAAUCAGACGCAUGUGCUUUUGUCGAAAGCACUGCGAGACACUGCCAUCUGUAAAACGUGAAGUCGGCUACAAACAUUGGCAACAGAACAAACAAAAGUCUCCAGUGAAUAGUUUGAAUCUCUCUGAAUGACACUACAGGACCUCGUUUCAGGUUUAUUCCCCCUUUUCAGUUGAGCUUUUACAUGGAAGGGAGAGUAAAUGUUUACAGAGUUGCCACCCACACAAACUCCUGUCUGUACGUCUGUCUGUGUGCAUUUGGAACAAUGGAUCAGAUUACUUAUUUUAUUUUUCAGAUUUGUAUAUGAGUGUUGUUCUAUUCAUCUGAUAUAUUGAGAGCACGUUUUUUUUUUUUUUUGUUUUGUGAAUCAUCUGUUGGGUUUGGGGGCGACUUGGGUUGAUUUUUAUUUUUAAUUUCUGUGCUACUUUGGCCCAUCCAGAGGUGUUGUGAGAACGAUGAGCGAAACAAUCUAGAACCCCCGAACUUUAAAUCUCCGCCGCUCAUCACACACUGUUAAGAUUUUAAUUAUCACCCUGUUUAAAACUCGUCCCAGUUCACUCGUUCUUCUGUCCCUGCGUUGGACGCUUGAUUCUCCUUUUUUUUCUGUGUUCUUUCACUGUUCAGGCUCCUUUCACACACUGACAGCUGGUUUUAUUCAUUUAAAUUUAGCUGUCAGGAUAAGGAGGUGUUUUGGAUUUUUGAAGGAAACGAGUCUGUUUCGCAUCUUCUUCUCUCAAUCCUGUGAAACUCUGGCAGUACCACGAAGUUUAUGGGCAUUACAGCCGCUUGGAUCACAGACUGAAGGGCUUUGUCAUCUUAUAUCAGUUUGUAGCCACGGCUUGUGGUGUUGAAUUACCAGUUUUCUCUCUGCAUUUGGAAUCACUUUUGACUUGACAUGCCAGUUCAGUGUUCACAGCAGUAGUUUUAUUCCUCAUCCUGGACGUCUGAUGUGCUAUUCCUGACCUACAUUUAUAAAUUCUCCCCCUCUCCGCCCCAUCCCAGAAACCAGUUUGUUGGUCAGAUAAUUACCAUUUAUAUAAGCAGUGGUCCCCGCAACACAACCAACCAACCACAGGGGCUGCCUGCAGUCUUUUCUGGGGCGCCUGCCUCCACCGCCAUCCAUGAAGUGUGCAAAGGGUAGAGCUAACGGUUUUUUCUGCAUGUCUGUUUCCCUCUGUUCCUCCUCCCCGUUCCCUCUCUUUGAUUUUGAUCUGGAAAUGUCCGAUAGCUUUUAUUUAAUGUGGAAAAAAAGAACACAGAAAUAAAUUAUUUGAUUUUUUUAAUGCUGUAAA